UUUUUCCUUUUUUUGUGGUGUGGUUUUCAUAUAAGCCCUUGGGCUUCCAACCACACCUGCACGCUGCUAUUUUUAUGUAUUUGUUUUUAUCUGUAUUGUUGUUCAUCACUUGUUUUCUUUGGUGCAAAUAAAUUAAACUAGUACUAAACUAAGUUGUUUGCUAGUUAUUUGUUUAGUUGAAUUGGUUGUAAUGAACUCUCUUUUCUGUGUCCUAACAUCACUCACUACAGGCAAUAGUGGAGGACAGUGAGGGGGUGUCAACGAUGGUUGUUUUACCUCCUGAACCCAACACCAGUGAGGAGUCCUUGAAAUGUGCGUUAACAUCUACACACAACUAUAAAUACACUUUCACUACCCUGCCACACACAUUAUUCAAUUUGGGGAGAGAAAUCUGAUUCCUGCCAGCUCACAUUGAACCCCAACACAGCUAACAGAUAUCUGCUUCUGUCUGAGUGGAACAGGAAGGUGACCAAGAGUGAAAAUGCUGAGUCCCAUCUUCACACUCCAGACAGAUUUAACUUAAACUGCCAGCUGUUGUGUAAAGACGCUCUGUCUGGAACCUGCUACAGGCAGGUAGAGGUGUGGGAGCAAGGUUGAAGUUGCAGUCCCUUAUAAAGGGAUCGGCAGGAGAGGAGACUGAGUGGAUGCUAGCUUUGGAUGCAAUUAUUAGUCCUGGGCUGUGGUCUGUCUAACAGCUCUUUCAGGCACAAUACUAUCAGUACUCAUAUCCCUGUCGCCUGCUCCUCUAGAGUAGGAGUGUACCUGGACCACAGGUGAGGAACUCUGUCCUUAUACAGCAUCUCUUGACACAAUGACCCUCCACAGUCCAGACCACAUUUACUCCACCCCUCUACUCUGGAUUGGUCCUGGUUAUGGACAAUCUGUGAGGAUACUGGUACCAAUACAGUAAAGAAACAAAACAUUGUAUCUACACUCAUUGACUUUGUGUGUCCAUAAACAUCAUACAAUCUGUUUCAACCUGAUACACUUAACAUCAUUAUUUUAUGAGAACAGUAAUACAAACUACUGGUGAAUGCACAACAUGUGCACUACUGUUAAAAUAUGCAGUCCAUUUCACUAAAAGGGAUUGAUUCUGUUAGAUAUUAUCUUAGACAAGGGCCAUAGACAAUGAGUUGUUUGCAUUCUUGGUUUCAUCAUUUAAAUAAAUUAUAUGCAAUCUGAUGUGGCACAUGUAAUGUCAGUUUAGUUGAUGGCUGCCGGUCCAACUGUCCUGGAACGUUGACUUGACUGGGCAUGGCUGUUCUAGUAACUGUAAUUCUACAGUUGACAAUUUCAAUUACAAUGCAACCUAAGAAAGUUCUCUCUCUGGCUAUGAUGCACCACUUAUGUCCUCUGCUGGCCAUACCUGGUAUCUGAUGUGAGUUCACAGAUCCAGGAAGUGAAAUGUUAUAGGUCCGUGAAAGCCACUCCUACUCGGCAAACUAGAAACUAAAUGUAUCUCUGAAGCUCAGUCUUUUUAUGUGUUUCAAAAUGGCAGAAGCCAUGGACUCGAUCAGUUGUUCGAUCUGUUUGGAGCUACUGAAGGAUCCAGUGACUAUUCCCUGUGGACACAGCUACUGUAUGGACUGUAUUAAAGGCUACUGGGAUCAGGAUGACCAGAAGCUUGUCUGCAGCUGCCCCCAGUGCAGAAAGACCUUCAACCCAAGGCCUGUUCUGAACAGAAACACAGUUAUGGCUGAAUUGCUGAAAACCCUGACAGAAGAAAAUACAAAAAAGAAGAAGAAGAAGAAGAAGACAAAACUCCAAGCUGCUCCUCCUGCUCACUGUUAUGCUGGAUCUGGAGAUGUUGAGUGUGACGUCUGCACUGGGAGAAAAUUCAAAGCUGUCGUGUCCUGUCUGGUGUGUCUGGCCUCUUACUGUGAGACUCACCUCCAGCCUCACUAUGAAUCUCCUGCCUUUAAGAAGCACAAGCUGGUCAAAGCCUCCACACAACUACAGGAGAAGAUCUGCUCUCAUCAUGACAAACUACUGGAGGUUUACUGCCGGACAGAUCAGCAAUGUAUCUGUUAUCUGUGUAUGUUGGAUAAACAUAAAGGCCAUGAUACAGUCUCUGCUGCAGCCGAAAUAGCUGAAAUCCAAAAGCAGUUGGGUGAGAAAUCUAAGCAGAGAAUCAAGGAGAGAGAGCAGGAGAUGCAAGAGGUGAGACAGGCUGUGAAGUCAUUCAAGCGCUCUGCACAGGCAGCAGUUGAGAGCAGUGAGAAGAUCUUUACUGAGCUGAUCCGCUCCAUUGAGGGAAGGCGCUCUGAGGUGAAGGAGUUUAUCAGAGCCCAGGAGAAGGCUGAUUUGAGUCGGGCUGAAGGACUCCUGAAGCAGCUGGAGCAGGAGGUGGCUGAGCUGAAGAGGAGAGAGGCUGAGCUGGAGCAGCUUUCACACACAGAGGAUCACAUCCAUUUCCUCCAGAGUUUCCAGUCUCGCUGUGUGCCUCCUGGAUCUGAGGCCUUAUCCAGCAUCACUAUCAACCAUCACGUCUCCUUUGAGGAUGUUAUGAAAUCUGUCUCUGAGCUGAGAAACCGACUUGAAGAUAUCUGUGCUGGGGAGAUAAUUAAGAUGUCUGUACAAAUGUCAGGACUUCACAUUUUCCAACCCCCUGGGCCGAGGACCAGAGAAGAGUUCUUGAAAUAUUCUUGCCAGCUGACAUUGGAUCCCAACACACCAACUCAACGUCUGUAUCUGUCUGAAGGGAACACAAAGGUGGCAUACAGUCGUGAGCACCAGAUCACACGUCCUCACCAUCCAGAAAGAUUUAAGAUGUGGCACCAGGUGCUGUGUAAAGAGGGUCUGUCUGGAGCCUGCUACUGGGAGGUAGAGUGGAGUGGGGACGAGGUUACUAUAGCAGUCUCAUAUAAAGGGAUCAAGAGGCAGGGUGGAACAGCGUGUUGGUUUGGGAACAAUGAUAAGUCCUGGUGUUUGGUAUGUCAUUUGGAUUGCUGCUUUUUCAGGCACGAUCUGGCACGAGAUAAGAAUCAGUGGGGUAUUGAUAUAGACUUUAGUAAACAGAUUAAUAUCCCUGUCGCCCCCUCCUCCAGAGUAGGAGUGUACCUGGACCACAGUGCAGGAACUCUGUCCUUCUACAGCGUCUCUGACACAAUGACCCUCCUCCACAGAGUCCAGACCACAUUUACUGAACCCCUCUAUCCUGGGUUCUAUUGUAAUUGUGAUUCAUCUGUGAAGAUAAUUCCUUUGCCUUAACACUACCUGUAUCCAAUCUUCACAUACCAACAACAAUCAUCAUAAUUACUAUAAAUCUGAUACAUUUAAAGAAAUUACAGAAAUAAGUGUUAUUGUCAUCAAGAAUCAAAUUUGAUGACUCAUUUUUGUGUAAAUGUAAAGUUAAAACUUAAAAAGGAAAAUAAUGAGGGUAACAUUUUCUGAAAUGCAAAAAGCAACUGUUACUUAGUGACAGCAUGAUGUAUCUCAAUUUGAGAUGAGAUGGUGGAGAUAAUUUAUGUAGAUCUAAAGUAAAGUCAACAUUAUGUGGAUUAUUA